CUCUAUAAUGGCAAACCAAAUUUUGGUAUUGGCAGUCUUGACCAUGACAUCAUUGACAUGUACUCUGGUCAUUGCAUUUGAGCCUAGUCCAUUGCAAGAUUUCUGCGUAGCUGACACGACUAGCUCAGUACCAAGAGUGAAUGGCCUACCUUGCUUGGACUCCAAGCUAGCGCAAGCCGACCAUUUCUUCUUCGGAGGGCUUCACAUUGCCGGAAAUACCUCAAACCCUCUCGGAGUUAGAAUCACCCCAGUCAAUGUGGCCCAAAUUUCAGGACUCAACACCCUCGGAAUCUCACUGGCCCGCAUUGACUAUGCACCGUGGGGUGUUACCCCUCCUCACACCCAUCCUCGUGCCACCGAAAUUCUAACAGUCUUGGAGGGCACUGUUGCUGUUGGGUUUGUGACUUCUAAUCCUGACAACAAGCUCAUUUCUAAGGUGCUUAACAAGGGUGAUGUGUUUGUUUUCCCUGUGGGACUAGUUCACUACCAGCAAAAUGUGGGUAAUGGAACUGCAGUGUCACUCUCCUCUCUGAGCAGCCAAAACCCUGGAGUCAUCACAAUUGCUAAUUCAGUUUUUGGAGCGAAUCCUUCAAUUUCGGAUGAUGUUCUGGCCAAGGCUUUCCAGGUGGACAAAUCCAUAAUUAGUGAUCUUCAAAUAAAAUUUUAGAUGAUCUUGUAGAAGAGAGAUUUGAAUUUGUAUCAUUAUUCAGUACUAUGUAGUACCUACGUACCUACCCUUUCGUUUAUGUCUCUGAUUUUGCUUUGAUGAGUACUCAGAAGUCAGAACUUAGAUUAGUAAUAGUCUGUACCCUAAUCUCCUCGAAAAUGUGUGUACUGUACUUUGA